AUGAGGAUAACAGCCAAGAGAGUGGCGCUGCUGGUUGUCCUGAUACUGUGUGUGUCGUGUGCGAUGUUUAUGACCUACAGCUACGCUAGUAGUCGACAGAAGAGUAUGCUGCGGUACAAAGUGGAGCGAGAAAUGAGCCAGUACUGGGGUAAGGGCUUGGAUCCAAAGACAGACAAGGAGAAAGCGGAGGAGAAGAGAGGAUUUGCCAGAAACGGGUUCAACCAGUAUAGAAGUGACCGAAUUCCACUCAACAGAGAGGUACCAGAUACCAGAGACCCGAGAUGUGUAGAUCGCUCCUACCCACUUCAUCAACUCCCCUCUGCCUCUGUGAUCAUCAUCUUCCACAACGAGGCCUACACAGUGCUACUACGCACCAUCACAAGUGUGAUGAACCGAACCCCCCCAUCCCUACUGCACGAGAUCAUUCUAGUCGACGACUGCAGUGACCACGAUGACCUUGGCACUAAACUGGAGGACUGGACUGCCACUAACUCAAAAAUCAAAAUCCUCCGCCACCCAAAAAGGGAGGGGCUAAUUAGAGCCAGAAUGACAGGGGCAGACGCGGCCAGUGGGGAAGUUCUCGUGUUUCUAGACUCCCACUGUGAAGCUAAUGAGAAAUGGAUGGAACCGCUGUUAGAGAGAAUUCAUCUUAACAGUAGCACAGUGGUGUGUCCAGUUAUCGAUGUGAUUAGUUUGGAGAAGCUCGAGUACUCCACUGUACGAGGUCCGCCUGGGGUUCGGGGAGGGUUCAACUGGGGUCUACAGUUCAAGUGGAAGAAAAUACCAAAGUACGAGCAAAUGAGAAGAGGUAGCGACGAAACGAGAGAGGUCAAGUCCCCCACGAUGGCAGGAGGGUUGUUUGCAAUAGACAGAAAGUAUUUCUACCACAUUGGAGCCUAUGACAUGGGAAUGGACAUUUGGGGUGGAGAGAACCUGGAAAUAUCAUUUCGAAUAUGGAUGUGCGGAGGAGAGCUUGAGAUUGUUCCUUGCUCUAGAGUCGGUCACAUCUUCCGUCGUCGCCAGCCAUACACUUUUCCCGGAGGCGUGGACAAAAUCCUCGUUAAAAACAACAUGAGACUUGUCGAGGUAUGGAUGGACCAGUACAAAGACCACUACUACGCUAAGCGACCUGAUAUCCGUAACCGUGGUUAUGGUGAUAUUAGCGAGAGAUUAGAACUGAGAGAGAAGUUGAAAUGCAAAUCAUUUCAGUGGUUUUUAGACAAUGUAUACCCAGAGUUACCGCUACCGAACGAGAAUCUGUGGCACGGUGGUUCACUGCGUAACCCUAAGAGUGGCGAAUGCUUGGACACAAUGGGACAGAGGGACGGGGGUAAGGUCGGGAUGUUCUCCUGUCACAACCAGGCUGGAAAUCAGGAGUUUGGCUACACUGAUACAGGGGAGCUCCUGUUUGAGGAUGACCUGUGUCUAGACGUCUCCUCUCCUGCCAUAGGGGCGAGGGUCGACAUCAUCAACUGUCAUGGCCUUGGGGGAAACCAAAAGUUUGACUACAACAAUCAAACACAUGUGAUCAAGCAUAUGGUAACCGGGCACUGUCUGAGCAAGGUAGACAAGCUGCCAGUAAUGGCCGUGUGUGAUGGCUCCUCCUCGCAAGAGUGGGUAUUUGCAAGACACUUCACACCCAAGCGAAGAGGACUUAAUGCAUUUAAUUAGUCUGUGUUGUAUGUACAUAUCAAAUUCUCAUUUUCAAUUUGUCUGGUAAUGAUCGGCACAUUAACAAUAAUUAAAUUGGCAA